AUGUCUACAACAAACUUGUUGCUACAGGGAGAUGGCGAAAUCCAAGCCAAAGACUAUCUUCUGGCUGUCAAAACCUUUUCGGAGAUAAUCUCAAAGUCACCCAAGACUUACCAAGCAUACUUUAAACGAGCAACUGCUUUCCAAUCGUUGCACAACUAUGAAAGUGCAAUCAGUGAUAUCAGUCUGGCAUUUUCUAUUGCCCAAGAAAGAGGCAAAAGAGAAGAUAUGGGACAAUGCUACUAUAAGUUAGGGUUGUUAUACUAUGCACAGAAAGAGUAUUCUCUUGCAGAGACUAACAUCUCCAAAGCUGAGGAAUAUAAUUGCAAGGAACCAGCUUUAGCCAUAUGGAAAAUGAAGAUUGAAUCAGAUAAAAAGAAGGCAGGUAUUGCUGAUGUUAAACCAGCGGUUGAGAUUCCAAACAAAAAAGAUCAAUUGGAUUCCAAGCCAGAAACUACACAAGCAGCACAGAUGGAUUCUACAAAUGUCGAUGUCAUUAAUAAACAUGCUCCCUUAAAGGUGAAAAUUCGUGAUGAUUGGUACCAGACAUCAGAUUCAGUAGUUGUAACGAUAUUUGCAAAGAAUAUCAAAAAAGAAGAUAUCGAAAUAGAUUUUGGAUUGUCCUCAGUACACGUUUCUUUUCCUACUGCUAAUGGAUCAGAAUACAAUUAUAAUAUGGAUCCCUUAUUUGCAAGUAUUGAUCCUGAAAAAUCAGAUUACACUGUUUAUUCAACCAAGAUUGAAAUCACGUUAGUGAAGCAAUCAAGGGGGAAAUGGAAUUCAUUAGAGGGAGCCAAGAAUAACAAUCAAGUACUUAUAACACCCACCGAACCCGCUGUAACUCAAACACAAGCAGCAUCAAGUCUAGCAUAUCCAUCGUCCUCCAAAAAGAAGAUAGAUUGGGCAAACUUCAAUGUUGAUGACGAAGAGGAAGAAGCUGCUGGAGGUGAUAAUGCAUUCUUUCAAAGACUUUAUGAUAGUGUGGAUGAUGAUACUCGUAGAGCUAUGAUGAAAUCUUAUGUUGAGUCUAAUGGUACUGUUUUAACUACCAAUUGGGACGAAGCAAAAGCUAAGACUUUCGAAACGUCUCCUCCAGAAGGUAUGGAAGCUAAAAGGUGGAGUUAA